UUCUCCGCCCGACCGACGCCGCCGCCGCCGCCUCCCGCGCGAACAAGCAGCCGCCGCAGCCACGGUCCCGUGCUUCCUGCUCCCCUCCCCUGCAGUAGAGAACACUAAGCACCAGCUCUUCCUUGUUGCCUUUUCCGUGGUGGUCUAAUGGGCAAGCGGCUCGCCGGCGCCGAGAAAGAGGUGCUCGUUGAGAUCGUGAGGUUCACCCAGAAGAACGGGCUGAAGGGCGCCGAGGGGGGAUGGAAGGAUUUCUUGGCUCGGAACGACAAGAGGUUUGGAGCUUCCCUCAGUGACCCCAAGAAGCGCUCCAAGGAUGUGCUGCUUGCUUUCCUUGUAACCUUCUCCAAAGAUUUCCAAAAUUACUUCAGCAAAUUAGUAAGGCGUCUUCAGGAACAAAGUGCGUUUCAGCAAUAUAUCAAGGAAUUUCCUGACAACAUUUCUCCCGAGAUGAAGCUUGUUCAACUGACAGCAGAACACCCAGAGUACCGGAAAAAUUACAGCUUCCCAUCUUACAAAGAGGGAUGGAAAGUGAUGCGAGAAGGCAAAGUUACCAAUUUUGUGAACUCAAAUAUGUUGGCAAUUGAUUGUGAGAUGGUCCUUUGCCAUGAUGGCACAGAAGCCUUGGUCCGAGUAUGUGUAGUAGACAGCAGGCUAGAGGUUAAGUUAGAUGAACUUGUGAACCCCUUAAAAGCUGUUGCAGAUUAUAGGACAAGCAUUACUGGUUUGUCUAAGAAGGAUUUAAAAGGAGUCACAUGCUCAUUAGUUGAUGUUCAGAAAUCGUUGAAGAAAAUCUUGUCUAAAGGAAAGAUUUUGAUUGGUCAUAGCCUAUCAAAAGAUUUACAGGCUCUUAAGUUUGAUUAUGCUCGGGUCAUUGAUACAGCAUACAUCUUUAAGUAUGCAAAUUUGCCUAUUACUGCAUCAGCCUCUUUAAACAGCCUGUGCAAGUCAGUUUUGGGGUAUGCUGUUCGGGAAGAAGGAGAACCACAUAACUGCUUGAAGGAUGCAGAAGCCGCGAUGAAUCUAGUUAUCGCUAAGCUUAAGCAUGGAUUUAAUGAUCCCAUUGAAAUUGCAAGAAAUAGUGUACCUGAAUCUGAUAUGGUGAAGUUGCUUGCUCAUAAAAUUCCAGUCUACUUGCCUUGUCAAGAGCUGCUCAAAUUAUUCUCUGGAAAUCCCAGUAUUGAUGAAAAGAAUGAUUCAAGGAUUCGUGGUGACUAUUACUCUACAUGUAUCUUGUUUGGAGACAUAGAUGAGGCAGAGAAGGCAUUUGAUGAACUGGAUGGCCAAGAGACCAAGGACUCUAGCGGGCGGCUUCAAAAAAAUGUUCUGCUGAAACGUGACAAUGGGGAUGUGGCAAGCUUCUAUAUCCGAAAGAUGGCGUAUGGUUCUCAACUAAACGAGUCAGAACUUUCAAAGAAGAGGCCACCACCUAUAGAGGAUGCAGAACCGACAAAAGAAGUUGAUGGGGAGAAGCAAAAAAAGCGAAAAACUGGUAAGAAGCACGAGAAGAAAACAAAGAUAUCAGUGGCUGAGUGAUGAUCUUGGGGGGCAAUGAUG